AUGUGCUGGACCUUUGUGCACCUGAUGAUCCUGAUGACACUCACCUGUCUGUCUAAUGCUGAAGAUAAGAUAAGGGCUUCUGUUUCCUGUCCAGGCUACCAGACGGCCUUUGGAGGCUCCUGCUAUGAGUUUGUGGAUCUCCAGCAUACUUUUUUCAGUGCGCAGGCUUGGUGUGAGCAGCGUGAUGGACACCUUGCUUUUAUCCCAGAUAAAGAAACUCAACAUUUCAUUCAAACACUCAUGGACCCCAAGAGGGAUGUCUGGCUUGGAGUAGCGCCCUCCACCUCUCCAAACCUGCAAUAUUCUUCAACUGUUGAAGGUGCUCUCUCUUGGCUGGAUGGUUCUCAUCUAACCUAUUCAAACUGGGUGAGCAGCCCACAGCCAGGAGAAGAGUGUGGACACAUACUGAGAGACUCAGGCUUCCAAUGGGAAGCCACAAGACACUGCAACAAAAAACUGCACUUUAUCUGCCAGUUUGACUCUGGCAGAUCCAUUGUGUGUGCAGGUCGUAACACCACUCUACAGUGCGGCUCUGGUCAAGUCCUAAUGAUAGAUCGCAGCUUCUAUGGUCGUAAGAACCUUCAUUACUGUCGAUCCAUGUUCUCCCCUCCAACAACAACCACAGAGCACAAGUGUGGCUGGGUGGAUGUUGUUGAAACAUUAACAGCUCACUGCAAUGGUCGCCAGGUUUGCCAGAUUGCUCCAGUUGUGGACUCCUUUGUUGAACUCUGUCCUCAGCUGGGGAGCUACCUGUCUGUGGACUACCACUGCAAAGAUGGGCUCUCACUGUCAGUGGGCACUGUGGCUGCUGUUUAUGAUGACGUCACCAUCAACGUGGAAUGGCUUUUACAUUUACAGCAAGGUAACCUCAGCUGCAAGCUGAGUACCGGAGAUGGCCAUGUUAUUUAUCUGCUUAGUCCACAGGGAUUGGAGAACAGCAUGGUGCACAGAUAUACUUAUCCAAGCACAUUUGUUGUGGUUGUCGAAUGCAUCACCAGGGACGUGCACAUUACAGCUCAGAAAAUAAUAACCAUUCAAGAGCCCAUUAUAGAGUUUGGUGUAAUCAGGUGCUAUGCUGGGAAACUGUCUUUCCAUGCAACUGACUGCAAAGCCCUUUGGGGAGAGCCAUUCCAAAUUCAAAUUGAAGUAAAGGCAGGUACAAAUGUGACCUACAGAGUCCAGAGUGAUGACAUGUUGUUGUCAGGUUUAUCUGUGUUGAGAGGAAAUAUUCCCCAGAACAUCACAGUGACUCCACAAAUGAUGACGCAGCGUGGGCCUGGCUGCCACCAGCUGACCCUUUAUGCAUCUAACAUGGUCACAUUCCCUGAAGUGUCCGCACACCUGCAGAUGUGUGAGUUGGAAAAAGUAGCCAGGCUUGAGGCCACUGUGUUGACAGAGAGGGAUGAUUGUCCAGACUAUCCAGAUAUUACAGUUAGUGUUUCCCUUGAACAAGGAGCACCUGUGCUGCUCCUUUUCUCACUGUCUGGAGACAACAGCUCGUACACCGAGACCAGGGAAAUGAACACAAGCAAGGAAAUCUUUCAAAUUGGACACCCUAUUCAAGCGGAUGUUGUACCACUUUACCACAAAUACAUCAUAAAGACUUCAUCAUCUACCGAGAAGGAAGAAGACAGUAAGGAGGAAGACAGUAAGGAAGAGGACAGUCCCGAAGAAACCACCACUGGUCCUGCCUCUACAUCACCUGGCACUAUUACUGACAUCACUGCCACACCUACCACCACAGACACUGGUAAGCAUCUGCGCUGCAGCAACAACAAUGAAGUGAAGGCUGUCUUCCUUCCUCUCGGAGACAGCAGCUCCAACUUCAAGCUGAAUAUCAAAGCAACUGCAAACAAUGGCAGCUUUGUAGCUAGCACCACUGUCACUGCAGAGGUGCUGGAUUACACAGCGGUAUCUAGCUCCUCAGUAGAUGAUCUUAAGACUUCAGUGGAGAAUGCUUUGGUUCAGCUAAAGGAGCACGGUGUACUGUCAGGAGAAACUGUGGGACAAAUCAUCAGUUCUGUGGCCAACAAACUGAAUGCCCAAUCUGAUGAAUCGAAACAAGCUGACAGGCAAAAGCUUCGUGAGAAGAUGCUGGACAUAAUGAAUAACAUAGUAAAAGCAGCUCCCAUCAACACUCCAGAUGAAGUUCAAGCAACCACCAGAGGACUUACUGCUGUUGUCCAGAAAGGCACUGAACUCAGCACCUCUGCUCAGGAAGAGGCUUCGUUAUUGUUUGCAGCCCUCAGCUCAUCCCUCCUCCACAUGAACAUUACCAAUAGCGAAGAAAAUAUCAAUGAAAUACACACUGCAGCCAGCACCAUUGUGGAAGGAAUAAGCAAUAUCCUGCACUAUUCUUCGAGUGUAAGUUUGCAGAGGAAUGUCUCUGAUGCCCUUCUCCUUGCCCUGAGCAAUACACAGAGUGCACUGUUAGCAUUUAAAGAUGUGCACCAGAGGCCAACUAUCAUCCAACAAGCUCAUAUUGGUGUGUUUGUUCAUAGAGUGACACCUGGAAGUUUGCACACAGAGUCUAUAAAUAUUCCCAACAGUUCCAGCCCAUCAUUUUCUCUCCCAAAACUACCCCCUGAUGUGUUACCUUCAGAUGAACCAGUGGAUAUAAGGAUGCUGAGCGUAGACAAAAACCCAUUUUCCUGGAAUGAAAGAGGAAACAUCAGUGGCCAAAUAGGUGCUCUAUCCCUCACAACAACUGAUGGCUCCGAUAUCCCUGUGGAGAACUUGAGUGAGGAUGUCGAGAUUCUGUUGCCAAGACCUGUUGGAGAGCAGGUGAACACCUCGGUUUUGGACCUGGGAAACUACAGCACAACCACCAUAGACAUUCCUGUAGCUGACAAUACAUUGGUGUUAAAGAUGGUGCCUUCAAAUGAUCCUUUACCCUUCAAACUGCUCCUGGGUUAUAUGGCCUACCCUACUGAAACCAAUUAUGUUGCAAUGACAGAGAUGCCUCAUCAGGGAGCAACACCAGAGGAGAGAUACACUUGGCUGCUAGACCCUAAAGAUUUAAAGGGAAACACUGGAAUGCACUAUCUUGUAGUGAGGCCCAUUGUAGGCCCAGGUAUAAAAUCCAUCAAUGCCAGUUUAACAAUUACCUCGAUCACUACAGCAUGCAAAUUUUGGAAUGAGUCAAAAUUGGAUUGGAGCAGUUAUGGAUGCAGGGUCGGUGUAGAAACCACACAUUUAGUCACAGUGUGCCUCUGCAACCACCUCACCUUCUUCGGAAGCUCUUUCUUCGUCACUCCCAACCUUGUGGAUCCAUCACGCACUGCUGAGCUGUUUGCGACUUUUGCUGAGAAUCCUGUGGUUGUCUGCUUUGUGGGGUCUCUCUUUGUGGCCUAUCUCUUGGUGGUUGUGUGGGCACGAAGAAAAGACAUUCAAGACACGGCCAAGGUCAAGGUGACUGUGCUGGAGGACAAUGAUCCCAUGGACGAGUAUCGCUACCUGUUGAGUGUCAGCACUGGGCACCGGGGAGGAGCCUCCACUUCCUCUCAGGUGACAAUCACUCUGCUGGGUGCAGAGGGAAACAGUGAACCACAUCAUCUGACAGAUCCAAAGAAACGUGUGUUUGAGAGAGGAGCAGUGGAUGUGUUCCUGCUAGCUACACCCUUCUCCCUGGGAGAUCUGCAGGGCAUUAGACUGUGGCACAACAACUCAGGGAGCCAUCCUUCCUGGUAUGUAGGCAAUGUCGUGGUACAGGACCUACAGACGGAACAGAAAUGGCAUUUUCUAUGCAACUCCUGGCUGGCGAUAGACUUGGGCGAUUGUUCCCUCGAUAAAGUUUUUCCUGUUUCGACAGAGGUGGAUUUGAAGAGGUUCAGUAACUUGUUCUUCAUGAAGACUUCAAAGGAUUUCAGUGACGGACACCUCUGGUACUCUGUGAUCAGUCGACCACCGAGUAGCACCUUCACUUGUGUUCAGAGAGUUUCCUGUUGCUUCAGCCUGCUGCUCUGUACCAUGCUGACCAGCAUCAUGUUUUAUGGCAUCCCAACAGAUCCCUCUGAGCAGACCAUGGAUCUGGGUCACUUUGAGUUUAGCUGGCAACAGUUCAUGAUUGGAGUUCAGAGUUCUCUCAUCAUGUUUCCUGUGAAUAUCCUUAUUGUCAGCAUCUUCAGAAACACUUGUCCUCGGGAGAAGUCUUGUUGCAAGCACAAAACAGAAAAACCAGAUACUAUGGAGCAGACUUCCUGCUCACAGGCUAACACCAACGACAUGAAUGUCAGUGUCACUUUAGACUCUGUCAUUAAGGAUAUCACAAGAAUCGCUCAUUCACUGUCUAAGACCGUAAAAAGCAAUGUACCAUGCACAGAGUUCAAGUUUGGGCCUGGACAACAAGUGGAUAUCAAUGCUGUCCUUUCUGUGGUGGAGGAUUUCAUCAAACAGAAUAACAAAACCAGCGACACCACCCAGACCAAAACUCAGAGCUUCUGCAACCCCGUUCAGCCUCAGCUGCCAGAGGCCAGUGCAAGUAUGCAUCCUGGGUCAACAGUAGAGGGGAUUCAAAAGAAGAGCAACAAAACCCAGUAUCUUUACCGGCAGCUGUGUCACAUUGACAAAGAGCUGAGCCUGCUGGGACCCUCCGGCUUCCCCACCCAACACAGCUACAGCCAGGCUCUGCAGCAGGUCCAGGGCAUGAAGGGCUCUCUUGAAGAUCAACUCUUCACAUUUAGCUGUGCCAACCCAGAUGAGUUGAGUCCUGCAGAUAGCACGGAUGGUGACGGCAGUCAGAAGAAAAGGGUGUGCUGUCAUGGAGGGCUACCCUGGUGGUUUAUUUUUGUCGGCUGGCUGCUAGUGAUCGCAAGCAGUGUUGUAUCAGGAUAUUUCACAAUGCUUUAUGGGUUGAAAUUUGGGAAGGAACGCUCUGUGAGCUGGUUGGUGUCCAUGAUCAUCUCCUUUUUUCAGAGUAUCCUCGUCAUUCAGCCAUUGAAGGUGCUUUUACUUGCAGUCUUCUUUGCUCUUGUAAUAAAGAAAGUUGAUGAAGAAGAUUUUGAAAAUAUGGAGUUUGACAGAAAUCUAGGUGAACGUAAGGAACAACAAAUGGUCAGAAAGAACAGUAAUCUCUAUAAGCCUCCGCCUCCUGCAGACGUUGAGAAAAUGAGAAGAAACAAGAUAAUGGAACAGAAAGCCUUUGCCCUCCUUAAGGAGAUUUUGACCUACAUGGGGUUUAUGUGGAUGUUGCUGCUGAUGGCGUAUGGCCAGAGAGAUCCCAAUGCUUUUUUCCUGAACCAGCACAUCCGGAACAGCUUCAGUAGAGGGAUCUCAGACAGCAUGAGUCUUGGAGAAGUGUUCACUUGGGCUAAUACAUCACUACUGAGCAACCUUUUUGGAGUUUAUCCAGGAUUUAUCACAGAUGGAAACUCCAAGCUAGUGGGUAAUGCCCGUCUUCGUCAGUUGAGAGUGCAGAAGGACUCCUGUAAGACUGCAGACUCCAUGCUCCAGUUUGUGCCAGACUGUCACGCUCCAUAUUCAUGGGAGGCAGAAGACAUGGGCUCCUAUGACCCUGGCUGGAACCAUACUGUAAGGGAUAAUAUCUCUGUGAGCACUUCCAGCCCUUGGACGUACCAGACGCAGGCUCAGCUCAGGGCUCAUCCUCUCUGGGGUAAAAUGGUGCUCUACAGGGGAGGUGGCUUUGUAGCAGAGCUUGGUCCAGAUUCACAAAAUGCAAGCAGCACCCUUGAGUAUCUAUUCAGAAACACGUGGCUGGAUAUAUACACAAGAGCCAUCAUUGUCGAGUUCACUGUUUAUAAUGCUAAUGUGAACCUCUUCUGCAUCGUCACAUUCUUGCUGGAGACCACAGCUGUAGGGGCAUUUCAGUUCCACAGUGAGCUACAGAGUGUUCGCCUCUACCAAUCAACCGGUGGCCUUCACAUCUUUGUUAUGGCUGCUGAGAUCAUAUACCUGCUUUUCAUCCUUUAUUACAUGUUCCUGCAGGGCAAAUUAAUGAAGCAGCAGCGAUGGGCUUACUUCAAGAGCAAGUGGAACCUCCUUGAGCUGGCUAUCAUCUUACUGAGCUGGAGCACCGUGGCUGUCUUCGUACAAAGGACCCUGCUUGGGAACCAUGAUAUGACCUACUACCAAAAUCACAAAGACCAAUUUGCCAGUUUUUACGAGACAGCCACAGCAGACUCAGUGCUCCAGUAUCUGAUCGCCUUCCUCGUCCUGCUCGCCACCUUCAAACUGUGGCACUUGCUCAGACUGAACCCUAAGAUGAACAUGAUCACUGCUGCGCUGCGGCGGGCCUGGAGUGAUAUAUCUGGUUUCCUUGUAAUCAUUGUGAUCAUGCUCGUGGCAUAUUCAGUUGCAUCCAAUGUGAUUUAUGGCUGGAGGAUUUCCACAUAUAGAACGUUUACAGAUGCUCUCCUGACAAUCAUCAGUUUGCAAGUAGGCAUCUUUAAUUAUGACGAGGUCCUGGACGGUACCCCUGUGCUUGGUGGAUUACUCUUUGGUUCCUGUGUUGUGUUCAUGACAUUUGUGGUGCUUAAUCUCCUCCUCUCAGUGAUCCUCGUGGCAUUCAACCAGGAGCAAAUAUAUCACAAGCCCUCAGACGAGGAGGAGAUUGUUGACCUGAUGCUGAAGAAAAUCUGCAGUCUUUUUGGGAUCAGAUAUAAAGACACAAAUGACAACAGGGGGCCAGAUGUUGACCCUUAAUAACAGCAAGAAUAUCCUUAAUAAUUCCUCAAUCGAUGUAAAUAUUUAUCAGAAAUCUGACGACUCUGAAAAUCUCUAGGAGCUUAGCUUUAUUUUGUUGAGUUUCAUAUGAGUGUUUUGAAUAUUUUGCAUGCAGUAUAUCCACAUGCUCAUUUGUAAUAUUCAUUCGUCUUUACUUGUUUCCUGCUCGCAUGGUGUGCUACUGUGUGAAUGUUUAUUGCAUAUAAGUUAACAGCAGAAAUUGUCAAACAAAUUCAAAACACAUAAAUGGAUAAAAGCUUAAAGAGUUUUUUUUUUUUUUUAAAAAGGUAUUAUAUUGACACAAAUUGUCCGAAUAUUCAUAAAACACAUAUAAGAUCAGUCCAUUUCAGAACUUCUCACAGUACGAAAUUAUUACACAGUAAUUACUAAAUAUACGAGUAGAUGUGGCAAUUGGUUCAACCAGACUGAUAAUUGAAAGGGCAGAGAGAAAAUUAAAUAGGAAGAGGUUCUUGUUUCAGUGCCAAGUGCACAAUAAUGCCUAACAAGCUGGAAUUAACAGGUAAUGUGUUACUUUAGCACAACAGAAAGAGAAGGGUAGUCUGUGGUUAGCAUUAUUGGAGCUGGAUGUAUUCAGUCUAACCUGGUGCCUUUCCCAGUGGACAAUGGGCGAGAUGCGGGGUACACUCUGGACAGGUUGCCAGACUAGGCGUUAUGUCAACAACGCUACAUGAAGCAGAUGAAUGACCUUUUCUCUGCAGUGUGAAAACGGCAGUCAC